AUGUGUUUGCAAACCAUUUUCGUUUCGGGUUCCUUUGCUGCAGAGCCAAGGAGGUGUUGCUUGGGACUUGGCACUAGAAGCGGUACGUGCUUCUCCAGCCAAUCCCAAUUUGGUGAAGAGACAACUGUCAUUGAUGCCUUUGGCUGGCAUGAUAAAAGCGAUGGAGUUUACGUUGAGAUCGGUGCGUUGGACGGCAUCAAGUACUCGAACACACUUUCACUGCACACCUGCUUAGGCUGGACUGGCCUUUUGGUCGAAGGCAGCCCGCGUAAUUUUCAUUUUUUGCGACGGAAUUUGCUGACCACGCGCCCCGAAAAUGUCGUUGCACAUUUUGGAGCAGUUUGCGCACCUCCCCUGACAAAUACGACGUUCCUUCGGGGAAGGAAACAUGGAGCAGUUGAUGCAGACAUUAGGCACGUGUCUGACACUGUGACGCAAGAUCAUGCGCAUCACCGUCGGACAACUGUGCCCUGCAAGCCGAUGUCAUGGUAUCUUCAAUCUCUUCCUCGAGGGCAUGUGGACUUCUUCUCUUUGGAUGUCGAGGGCGCAGAGCUAGAGGUCUUGCUAACCAUGAACUUCAACGCCGUGGUCGUGGAAGUGUUCAUGGUCGAGCUACAUGCACAGGCAGAGUCCGACAAGGUGCGAGGCUGGAAAGUUCGGAACCUGUUGGAAAAUCUUGGCUACCAAGAAUGCCAGCAUGCCAAAGUGAAGUACAGCGGACUCUUCGUUCGCCGGCAGGGCCCAUAUGUGGCCAACUGCUAG